AGUGAAGGACCCACUGUAUAUGGAAAACCCAUGAAUAUGUCCCAGGCCAAAUGUGCCGCAUCUUUUGCAGGUAUAGGGUACCAAAGUAUUGUUUCACUUAUAUUUUCCGUAGAUGGAGACUAUGUUAAUAUCACCACUAAUGGGUCAGGUAAUAUAACCGUAAAAACUGUUGUGCAAGAUGCCACAGGAAUAUACCCAGAUGACCCUGGGUUCCAAAACGGCACAUGUCUCCAAGACUUUUGGGUGGAUUUCACCGUAACUAAAACCAAUGUAUCAUUCCCCUUUUCUGUCCUAAUAUAUCAAGACCCAACCACAUAUAAUCAUUCAGUCUGCUACAAACAGAAUAAUGGCACUAGGUGGAUCGGAGGCAAUACCACGAAUUGUGACACGACCUUCGUUAGCAGCAUGUACGGCUCUCCUGUCUCGUUCUUGGGGCCCAGUAAUGGAACUUAUUGGGUGGACGGAGUGGCUUGGUUAUGCGGACCUCGUGCAUACUUUGUCCUACCACCGAACUGGUUUGGAGUGUGCGCUCCUAUUUUUGUUUCAGAUCACACCUUCCUGAUAGCACAGGGAAGUAAGGUUUCCAUCAGAAGCAGGAGGAAGCGUUCGAUAUCAAUACAACCCCAUGACAGUUUGUGGGGAACAGACGUACCCCCUGAACAUAAACUGUGGGGAACAGGCAGUAAAGUUGCGCUGUCCCUAUUCCCCUGGGCAGGAGUUGGAAAGCUCAUGCUGCGAGUAGAAACUCUAAAUUAUAGACUAGGUCUUUUCAUAAAUAGUUCGAUACUAAUUGAUCAACAACAAAACGAACAAUUGGACAUAACCAGACAGAUGGUUAUCCAGAACCGUAUGGCAUUAGACCUACUGACAGCUGCACAAGGAGGAGUAUGUGUCCUCCUGAAUCAAACGUGCUGCACUUACAUUCCUGACAACGUGCACUCACCUAAUAUGACAAUUGCCCUUGACCGCCUCCGUGACUUACAAAAAGUGAUGACCAUGGACAAUCAACCGCAGUCCUCCUGGCUGGACUGGUUUGUUACAGGAACAUGGUGGUCCAUACUGAUGAAAAUGUGCCUACCUUUUGUUUUGUUUUUUAUUUUGUUUUUCUGUUGUUUUAUAACUGUUAUACCAUGUUUGAAAAUGUUUAUUAAUCAAGCUCUUAAUGCUGCUUUUCGGACACACAGUACAAUGUUUCUCUCCCUUACUCAGAAUAUGGAGACAGAGCCUGUUUCCAGCGAUAGCGAUGAAGAAGACAUGUAAUUCAUAAUGACGGCUGAGCCGAAAGCACCCGUGCAGGGCUCGGACCUGAAGUAACGGAAUUAGAUGUUUUUCUAUGAUAAACAGGAGGAACGACUCCUGAUGGUUUUCUGUACUCCACAGUUAGGAUGAUGAUGAUGUGAUCUAAAUGACGGUUGUACUGGAAAUGCUUUUGCAACUUGUACAAUACUGAUGUUUCUGAUCAUACUGUCAUGAUAAACAGGAGGGACUGUUAGGUUGAAGAAACUGUUAUGAAUCAUUUUGUUAUCACUCCUGUAUGAUCAGCAAUGAAUGUAAAUAUGUAUAUAUAUUAUUUUGUUUUCCCCUAGCCUCAUACUUUAGAUUAUAUUAAUAAUAGCAUUCCCACCUUAGCAAAACCAGAACUUUCUCUCACCUCCCUAUUCUGCAUGACUCUUGCGCCUCCCACUGACUAUAAAUAAAGGAGUCAAGGGGAACCACCCUUUGUAACACAUUCUGCUGUAGUUUGCAUUGCAGAGAGUGUGGGUACCCUUGCAAGUAAAACUGUAA